AUGAAACCUUUCCUCAACACUCUUCGCUGGCUUCAAUCUCGCCGUGUGCCGGAGAGUUCAAACUUUUCUUACUUUUCCGGCGACUCAUUUCCUUCUUACUCUGCAGCAAUGUCAAUUUUCGACGGAGCUUUCAUGAACACGCAACUCUCCAAGCACACUUCUAUCUUCGGUCUCCGUCUCUGGGUUGUGAUCGGAAUCCUCAUCGGCGUCUUCAUUGUCUUCACCCUCUUCCUGCUCUCCCUCUGCCUCGUAUCUCGACGGAACCGCCGCCGCUCCGUCGCCGGCUAUAAGGUCGCCGGAUCCGCCGAAGCCACGAAGGAAAUACAUACGAUAGUGCACCUUCCCGGACCCCACAUGCUCCGGCCGCCGGCGAAAGCGCCGGAGAUCCAGGUGGAGAUGGGGAAAGCGGAGCACCGGGUGGUUGUGCAGUGCGAUAGGGUUUCGAGUGAGGAGAGUAAGGGAACGGUGGGGAGUGGGUGCGAAACAACGUCGUCUUUUGGAAGUGGGAGUGUUGGUGGGCUGGGGCUUGGGCCAGAGGUGUCUCAUCUUGGGUGGGGGAGGUGGUACACUCUAAGGGAGCUUGAGGAUGCCACUGGAGGGUUGUCUCCCGAAAACGUGGUUGGUGAAGGUGGCUAUGGCAUUGUCUAUCAUGGGGUACUCAAUGAUGGUACCAAAAUUGCUGUCAAGAAUCUCUUGAAUAACAAGGGCCAAGCUGAGAAAGAAUUUAAAGUAGAGGUAGAAGCUAUUGGUCGAGUACGACACAAAAAUCUUGUUCGGUUGCUUGGAUACUGUGUUGAGGGAGCCUACAGGAUGCUUGUGUAUGAAUAUGUUGACAAUGGCAAUCUAGAACAAUGGCUGCAUGGGGAUGUUGGACCUGUAAGCCCUUUGACAUGGAACAUACGCAUGAACAUUAUAUUGGGAACUGCAAGAGGAUUGGCCUAUCUUCAUGAGGGUCUCGAACCAAAAGUUGUCCACCGAGAUGUGAAAUCAAGCAACAUACUCAUUGAUCGGCAAUGGAACUCCAAGGUUUCUGAUUUUGGGCUUGCUAAGCUUUUGUGUUCCGAGAACAGCUACGUCACAACUCGAGUUAUGGGGACAUUUGGUUAUGUUGCACCAGAAUAUGCCUGCACUGGAAUGCUGACUGAGAAGAGUGAUAUUUAUAGCUUUGGGAUCCUUAUCAUGGAGAUAAUCACUGGAAGAAGUCCUGUUGAUUAUGGUAGACCACAAGGAGAGGUUAAUUUAAUAGAAUGGCUGAAGACUAUGGUUGGUAAUAGAAAAUCUGAGGAAGUGGUUGAUCCUAAACUCCCUGAGAUGCCAUCUUCAAAGGCUCUUAAACGUGCUUUGUUGAUUGCUCUUCGGUGUGUCGAUCCCGACGCAACAAAGAGGCCAAAAAUGGGACAUGUGAUCCACAUGCUUGAGGCAGACGACUUGUUAUUCCAUAAUGAACACAAAACUGAUGGAGAGACUUCCCGUACCUAUCAGAAUGAGCAUAAGGACUCAAAUUUAGACAAGAUAACAGAUGGUGUCACUGAUCAAAAUGAAGAUGCCAGUAGUCGUAGAAAUCAUCAUGAGGGCACUAGAUGGAGAUGA